AAUGGUAGCUGCGGUACCCCUUCCCUCGCGUAGCCCGCGUGUCCACUGCACCGCGACCUCUUAUAGUCUCUAUGUCUACGCUCGAGUUUCAUUAUUCCAACUUGGACGUUCGGCGCAGUUGCACACAGUUCUACUCGCCUUCUACCCCAGCAUUGACUGACGCUCGAUGGCAGCGUGGUGGUUUCUCAUUGGCUUGGCAGCCGCAUGUCAGGCGGCCGAUCGCGGCGAUUGGGUUUGGGGGGACAACCGGCGCUCCAGCCGCAUCAUCGACGGCCCCGGCACCUUGUCCCUGAACGAAGGUGGCUCUUACGGCAUCAGCGGAGGCAAACGCCAAGGAAUUUACAACGACAGGCCAGGAGCUGAGUUUGACAGGUACGCUGACGGACCGUUUGGCGGUCCUGGAGGAUUCGGCCGGCCCCCCGUCAACGGACCGCAAGGAUUCGCUGUUGAGCCGCCUAUUGGUGCCCCUGGCGGCGCCUUUCCACCCGGCCCACCACCCCCUGGAGCUGGAUUCCAAAAUGGACGCCCCCACGUUGGAAAAGUUCCCCCAUAUGAAGACCCCUACCUGAAGGAACCUGGCCUGCACACCGGCGGCUACGACACCUGCAAGUGCACCCUGAGCUUCAACUGCAACUCUCCAGGAAUCAAAUUCGGUGUUUGCGAUGAAGGAAAGCAGUACUGCUGCUACAACUCGCACAUCGCGGGCUCCAACCGCCGGCCGCACCACAUCGGCGGCGCCUACCAGCCAACGCCGGCCGUUCUCGCUGGACCCGGUGGCCCUCGCGACUUCCCUCCCGGUGCCCCCGUGCCCCCUCCCCACCACAGACCCGGUCCUGGCGGUCCGGCGCCGCACGCUGGGGUUCACGGCCCCUCGAGACCGCCCGUGCCUGAUGUGCUGGUCGGCCCUGGAGGACCGUACGACUUCCCCUCGAGGCCGCCCUUUGGAGGGCCCGUCCCCUACUCAGCCGCGAAAACCAAAGACUUUUAAAUUUAUUUAAAAUAACACUGAUCUGAUUAAGUUAUUUAAAUGAAGCCGCAGGGUAAAUUCUCUUAUUUAUUCACGAAUGUUGUAAAUUGUAAGCAAGGUGACAAUAUUAAACAACAGAUAUAUUAACUGA